GUGGGGCAGAGGAGCGCCAAAGCCAUGCAGCGGGCAGCGGGGCUGGUGCUGGGGCUGCGUGCCGGCUGCUGCCAGCGCUCCCCCGGCUGGGGCCGGAGCCGGGGCCGGGGAUGGAGCAGCGUGGCCGCCGAGGCCUCGACGGUGCUGAAGCUGCGGCCGGAGAAGAACGGACGCGAGCGGAUUCUGACGCCCGAGUCUAUGAACCCUCUUGUGAAGGCGGUGGAGUAUGCGGUGCGGGGGCCCAUUCUGCUCAAAGCCGGAGAGAUCGAGCUGGAGCUGCAGCGGGGUAUCAAAAAGCCUUUCACUGAAGUCAUAAAAGCCAAUAUUGGUGAUGCCCACGCAAUGGGCCAGCAACCAAUCACUUUCCUUCGGCAGGUGGUGGCUCUGUGCACAUACCCAAACUUGUUGGACAGUCCCAGCUUCCCAGAAGAUGCCAAGAACCGAGCCAGGCGGAUCUUAAAGGCCUGUGGGGGGAACAGCCUAGGGGCUUACAGCGCAAGCCAGGGUGUCAACUGCAUCCGAGAGGACGUGGCCGCCUACAUCGAGAGGAGAGACGGAGGCGUGCCUGCGGACCCAGACAACAUUUACCUGACAACUGGAGCGAGCGAUGGCAUUACUACAAUCCUGAAGAUUCUGGUGUCUGGUGGAGGAAAGUCCCGGACUGGAGUGUUGAUCCCCAUACCCCAGUAUCCCCUGUACUCAGCGGUCAUUUCAGAGUUGGAUGCCAUCCAGGUAAACUAUUACCUGGAUGAAGAAAAUUGCUGGGCUCUGGAUGUAAACGAGCUCCGACGGGCAGUGACUGAAGCCAAGGAGUACUGUAACCCCAAAGUCCUCUGCAUCAUCAACCCUGGGAACCCUACAGGUCAGGUCCAGAGCAGAAAGUGCAUUGAAGAAGUGAUUCACUUUGCUUGGGAAGAGAAACUCUUUCUCUUGGCUGAUGAGGUGUACCAGGACAAUGUAUAUGCCAAGGACUGCCAAUUUCACUCCUUCAAGAAGGUUCUCUAUGAGAUGGGACCAGAGUACUCGAACAACGUGGAGCUUGCCUCCUUCCACUCCACCUCCAAAGGCUACAUGGGCGAGUGUGGCUACCGAGGGGGCUACAUGGAGGUGAUCAACUUACAUCCAGAGAUUAAGGAACAGCUUGUCAAGAUGCUCUCUGUCCGACUCUGCCCCCCAGUGUCUGGACAGGCAGCCAUGGACAUCGUUGUGAACCCCCCUGUGCCUGGAGAAGAAUCUUUUGAGCAGUUCAAUAGGGAGAAGGAAUUUGUCCUGAGCAACCUUGCCCAAAAAGCAAAGCUUACAGAAGAUUUAUUUAACCAGGUGCCAGGAAUUCAUUGUAAUCCAUUACAAGGAGCAAUGUAUGCUUUUCCCAGGAUCUUUAUCCCAACGAAGGCAAUUGAGGCAGCUAAGGCCCAUAAGAUGGCCCCAGACAUGUUUUACUGUAUGAAGCUUCUGGAAGAAACUGGAAUCUGUGUGGUGCCCGGCAGCGGAUUUGGCCAGAAAGAGGGGACUUACCACCUAAGAAUGACCAUCCUUCCUCCUGUGGAGAAGCUGAAGGUUGUCCUGGAGAAGGUGAAGGACUUCCACAUAAAGUUUCUCGAGAAGUAUGCGUGAGGCACGAGACUGCACUGUGCAAGGAACAGAGACCCGGAGGUUCUGUUUCUGCCUGGAGCGUGGCUCAGGAAGCUCGUGGGACCAGAACCGUUCUUCCCCAAGAGCUCCGCCGAACAUCUCGCCUGGGGAACUUUGUGAUGUUCAUCUUUGUUUUUGCUGUAGGAGACUUUUCGUGCCUUGACGAUGAGAAUACUUCUCUUCCAUGUUCUCUUUCCUAUCAAGCUGGGAACUGGUCACAAUGCAGAAAGCCCCGCAGGCCCUGCUAUCCACAGAGCACGCGUGAACUUGAUCGGCAGACGUGGCCAACCAAGUGUCCUCUGGUUUCAUUUUGAAAAUCCUACUUGAGUUUGUAAAACAAAAAGAAAAAAAAAAGUUAUGUUGUUCUACGUGGUUUCAGGUCUAGGGCAAAAAGCAGGUGCCGGAGAAUGUCUUAACUACAGUAAGUAUUGAGUAGCUGAGAUCUGGGGCUAUGCUUGAUGUUAUCUAUAAAAUAAAACACUUAUCCUUA